ACUCGCCAGUCUGCGAUUUGCGAGUAUGACAAUUGGACUGAAACUGAACCGUCUUAACUGUUAAGGCUCAACCACACAAUUAUUUUAUGGCUCAACUUACUGUAAAUAGUGAUUAAUACUAGCACGGUUAUUACUUAUUAAUAAUAUGGUUUAGUGAUUGAACAAUCAAAUGAUUAAAAUGGUACUAUGGUGAACGAUCUUUAGAUAUGUUAUAUGUAUUAGGUGUCAAUCUAUGACUAAACAAACUGUUAGUUUAUUAUUUCGUUUUUCCAUAAUCCUCGAGAGAUAAAGAAAAAAAAAUAAUCGCUAUAUAGUAUAUACAGGUCACAGACGGUUAACGAUACUGAAAUUAGUUUAUUCUAUGAUCUUGUCUUAUCUCAGCUGGUUAUUGUGCCUUUAACACAAUAUUUUGUGUUAUUUUAUGGAGUGUGAAAUUGAAAAUAUUGUUAGGAAAUUUAAAAAUUGAUGUGGUUGGAUAAUCAUUUAUUUCAGUAAAAUGUUUAUUUUUAAUUUGGCUUGUAAAAAGUUUAUGCUCAACCAACUUUUCUCUGUACCUCGUUUGUUUCACUUGAGUAAAUUGUUAAGCACAUCAUUUUCAUCAACUGAGUACAUUUUAAAUUCUGUCGAUAAGAAUGAAUAUAUAAAAUAUAAAUUUCCAAAUGAAAUAAAGAUUAAAAAUUUAGUUGACAUUAAACGGCAACAAUUUGAUUCUUCAUUUACCAUUAUACCAGACAUUGUGUCCGUGGAUGAAGAAUCACGACUAAUUAAUGAAAUAGAAAAGUCAUUAAAACGUCUACGUUAUCAGCAUGAUCAUUGGGACGAUGCCAUACAUGGAUAUAGGGAAACAGAAAUUAUGUCAUGGAAAGAUCAAAAAAAUACAAAUGUGAUACAAAGGCUCAGAAAUAAAGUAUUUGCUAAUGAAUCAAUCACAGAACAAAUGCAAAGAGUUCAUGUACUUGAUUUAUGUGAUGAUGGUUAUGUCAAACCACAUAUAGAUAGUAUACGAUUCUGUGGAAAUAUAAUUGCCGGCUUAAGCUUACUGUCCGACUCUGUUAUGCGUUUAGCUGAUGAAAACUAUCCUGACACCUAUGUAGUUUAUGCUCUGUUACCUCGUCGUUCAUUAUAUAUUAUGAAAAAUUCAGUUCGAUACCAAUAUACACAUGAAAUAUUAAGUGAUGGUGCACCAUCUGUGUUCAAUGAUAAGCAGAUUGUACGAAAACGAAGAGUAUCAAUUGUAAUGAGAAAUGAGCCACCAGUUGAAGCUAUGAAAUAAUUCAAUAAUAAUAUUAAAUAAAUAAAAUUAA